GUGUUUGAAGACUAGAAGAUUGUUGAAGACUACUUUUGGAAUCAAAGAGAAUGGAUCCCAGCAGUGACUACCAUUUUCUCAAUCAGAUUUUAUGGAAAAGGGUGAAACUUACAUUGGUUUGUGGCAUCUUUGAAGGGGUGAUCCAACAUGUGGACCCUAACAAGAUCAUUGUCCUGAAAAAAGUGAAGAAUGUGGAGACUGGUCGACAUAUCCCAGGAGUGAAGAUGUUUUUUGGGCAUGAGAUUGUAAAUGUGGAAUUACUAGAUGAAGAGGAACAAGGCACAGAGAGAGAAAACACAUCUGUCAGUUUAAAAACAGAAAGAACAAUGAUGGAAAAAGUGAAAGAUGAAGACCAAAAUGUCUAUAAGCAUGCUUCUUCUACCCCAGAGAUGCCCAUCAACUCUCUGCUAAAUGACUUCAAAUUCAGUCAUUCUGAAGACGAGGAUGUAACCUACACAGUUAUUGAUCAGUUCCAGCAGAAAUUUGGCGCUGCAAUGCUCCACAUCAAGAAACAGAGUGUCCUGAGUGUUGCGGCUGAAGGAACGAAUGUGUGUCGUCAUGGGAAACUCUGUUGGCUUCAGGUGGCCACCAAUAGCCGGGUUUACUUAUUUGACAUUUUUCUUCUGGGAAGACGUGCUUUCAACAAUGGACUUCAGAUGGUAUUAGAAGAUAAGAAAAUUCUGAAGGUCAUCCAUGACUGCCGUCGCCUUUCUGACUGCCUCUCUCAUCAGUAUGGAAUUUUGCUGAAUAAUGUUUUUGACACACAGGUAGCAGAUGUCCUUCAAUUUUCCAUGGAAACGAGUGGCUUUCUUCCAAAUUGCAUCAGUACCUUACAGGAUUGUUUAAUCAAACACCUUAAAGUAGCCCCUAAAUAUCUCUCCUUCCUGGAAGAGAGGAAGAAUCUGAUUCAGGAAAAUCCUGAUGUGUGGUUCAUGCGACCUCUUUCACCCUCUUUGCUAAAAAGUUUGGCCCUGGAAACUGCCUAUCUGCUUCCCCUUCGCCUGGUGUUCCUGGAUGCCAUGAUGUCUGACCUGACCACCCUGGUGGACAGCUACCUGAACGCCUACCGAGAACGUUCUGCUGACAGUCUUGGGAGCAUCGAGCCCACAUGUAUGGAGCUUCCAGAGGAACUACUUCAGCUUAAGGAUUUCCAGAAGCAGCGCAGAGAGAAAGCUGCUAAACAGUAUAGUGUGAAUGAACAGGGACUCUUAAUAAGGACAGUGCUGCACCCAAAGAGUGUAGUGGAAAAGACUCUGAAGAAAGAGGAAAGAAUAAGAGGCUUCUUACUUUGUGAAAAUUCUAUGCUAGACAAAGCUACAAGUUUUACAUCUGCCAAGGAUGUGAGUUUGCUGAAAGGGGAAUCCAAGUGUAGGCCAGCACCAGCAGAGUUGAAGCCCCUACAUCCCCUGAAGGAAAAAGAUCCUGGGAUGGAGGCCAGUGGCAGUUUUACUCGCCCUGAGUCCAAAGGGCUGAAGGAACAGAAUCUAAACCUAGAAGAAUACUUGAAGACACCCAAGCAUGAGUUUCAGACAAAAUUAUCUUUAAAGGAAGAGAUAGAAAAAUUAAUGAUGGCAAACAAGGAAGAUUUACAAUGCACCAAGCACGAUGUGUCCAAGACUUGUUCCUUUCCCAGAGAGUCUCUGAAAGAUACUUUGCCUCCUUUCACAGAAGCUUUGCUUUCCACACUUCCUCCCUGUCCAGCCCUGGAGAAGACAGAUUGCUGAAUAAAUACUCCAGAUCUACCCUGAGAUCUGCAACCUGCUUUGGAGGUCACAGAGGUGGCCCAUUUCCCAGCGAUCCCAUUUUCUAGUGAUUGUGGUCUUCAAGCUGAGUUUUCCAUCAGUCAUAGGCUUCUGGGGAAAGCUGU